AUGGCUACUACUACUGAGAAUAGCACUACGUCCAACAUUGCAGCUGAUGGCUAUGAUCUGAUCAACCCAUCUACUUAUGUCGGUUUUGACUCCAUUACGUCUCAGAUCGAACAUCGUUUGUUAAAGAGAGGUUUCCAGUUCAACAUCAUGGUUGUUGGUCAUUCGGGGCUAGGUAAGAGUACUUUGAUCAAUACUUUAUUUGCUUCGCACUUGAUUGAUUCAUCUACUGGUAAAGAUAUUACCCAAGAGCCUAUCAGUAAGACCACUGAAAUUAAAGUUUCGUCUCAUUCGUUAUUAGAGGAUCGCGUUCGUUUGAACGUGAAUGUAAUCGAUACUCCAGGUUUCGGUGACCAAAUAAAUAACGAUAAGGUGUGGGAGCCUAUCAUCAAGUACAUUAAGGAACAGCACUCUCAAUAUUUGCGUAAGGAGUUGACUGCUCAACGUGAAAGACAUAUUGUGGACACCAGAGUUCAUGCUGUUUUGUACUUUAUUCAACCUAACAGCAAAGGUCUAACGGAACUUGACAUUGCUGCUUUGAAGAGAUUAACAGAAAUUGCUAACGUUAUCCCGGUGAUUGCAAAGGCUGACACUUUAACCUUGGACGAGAGAACAAGCUUCAGAAACAUCCUACAAGAGGAAUUUAAGAAAUACAACUUCAGAAUCUAUCCAUACGACUUAGAAGACUUGACUGAAGAAGAAGUCCAGCUGAAUAAGAGCAUAAGAUCUAUUAUUCCAUUUGCUGUUGUCGGUUCUGAAAAGGAAAUUACCGUCAACGGUGAACUGGUAAGGGGCAGAAAAACCCGUUGGGGUGCCAUCAACGUUGAAGACAUUAAACAAUGUGAAUUUGUGUAUCUAAGAGAAUUCUUGAUCAGAACACAUUUACAGGAUUUGAUUGAAACUACAGCAUUGAUCCACUACGAAAGUUUCAGAUCUAAACAAUUGAUUGCUUUGAAGGAGAACGCAAAUGCUAGAACUUCCGCUCAUAUGUCUCAAACAUCCACUACUAUGCUGCGUUAA